CAACUCGUCGUGGGCCACACUACAAUCCCUGCCAACCUUGUGAGAUAACACCGCAGCACCUGCCUUCGCUGUGUUUUUUAGUCUAUAACCUGACCCCAUAUCUCACGCUGCUCAUUGUGACCCCAAAAGUGGCCCGGUGUCGCUUUACUGUUAACAUUGAAAUCGACAGCGAUUAGUUGAGGGAUUGGAGUGGUUGUGAUCAUACAGGCAGGAUCCUUGUUUUUGUGUUGUACGUAAUUGAUUUCGGGUUGCUUACAGCAGGGAAUCGAAAUAUGGUCUUCGUUCUCCCUGCAUAGACUGGAGUUUCCCUGUUUGCAGACAGAGUGUCAUAAUUUAGAUAGGGGAAAAAACAAAACUUUGUGAGGGGUUUCAAUCUGUGGGCACUGAGAUGGGCACUGUCGUCGUCGUCGUUAUCGCGUAGUUUCUGUUAGGAAAGCAUGUAGGCACCAUGCUGCAGCGGUUCAAUUCCCUCAUCAAGGGGGUUAAGGCGCAGGUGGGUGAAGAUGAUUUCGAAGAGCAAUUGCAUGUGUCGCUUCGACCAGCGCGGUCGGUAGAUUCUUCCUUGUUAGUGACGCACCAGCAGCCGCGCGGUGGCCCCGCUCUGCCGCUUGCGCGUACGCGCACAGAUGAGGGCUUAGUGCGAGCCCGUCGCCGCUCCGAGAUCGGCCAGACUUCUAGAUUCACUGGGUUGUCGCAGCAUGAAGGCGGAACUGGCUUUGUGAUUGAUCGUGUGCCCGAAGAGAGGUUGCCUGAGCAUUAUGAUCCCUUGGAGAAGCUCUCGCAUAUUGGCAUCGGAAGCUCCACAGAUCACCGAGAGCAAUCGAACUUAGCAGAAGAGAAUCAUGACCAGGACGCUGUGACUGCAAGGCCGCUGUUUCUCCCAAAGCCUGUGGCAAGGCCACAACCUGAACGUCGGGGUAUAUUCAGGACGAGCAGCGAUGCCGUUGCGCAAAGCCGACAAUCGGAGCCUUCGGGAGUUUACAGGACAAGCAGUGAUGCGAUAGCACAAAGCAGACAAGCGUGGCUUCCACCGAGAGUCAUGGGGGCGAGCAGCGAUGCUGUGGUUGCUUUGUCCCGUCGUAAUACCCCAGCGGACCUCGGUCACUCGGCGGUGGUCAUUCCGGAUGCGCAAUUAGCCAGCAGUGUGGACCUGGAGACGGUGCGAACAUUCGUCUUUGCAUCCGGGCCUGGGCGCACCAUCAGUUCGUGGAGCACAGAUAGUGCCGCAGAGCACUGCAGAAUUUGUCAGCAGCGAUCGGAGGAGCCGCUCAUUGAGCUGGGAUGCGCGUGUCGAGGAGAGAUGGCGAAGUCGCACAAAUCAUGCAUCGAGACAUGGUUUAAGAAUAAAGGGACUAAUAAGUGCGAGGUUUGCCAGUGUGUUGCGGAAAACAUUCCAGCGCCAGGGACAACACCUGCGCCGCAUUUCUGGGUGUGGCGACUUGGAGGACAGUCUGCCAUUGGCGGGCAAACUCCGAUGUCAUCGCAUGCGGGAGGAAGCAGCCAAGCGGGACUUGAGAGUGGACUGAUGUUAAACCGACCCGUGCUUCUUACAGUUGUGAGGAGGCAUCCGUUGGUUCUAGUUUUAUGGUUGGGCGUUCUUGCAUUCAUGACUUACCUCUUCGUGGAUUCCAUCAACAAAUCUACAAUUGGAUACGCUGCAAUUCCGAUAGGUUUCAUCUUUGGAGUUCUCGUGGUACUUGGAUUGGGCACGUUUAUUAGGUUGGUGUUGGAAUGUUGUCAAGAACGUAAUGUGCAACGCAGAAUCCAGCAAAUGGAAAUGCUGCCUUCGGUGGGGAAUACGGCACAGAGUUGAAUGCUUCCUGUAUAAGGCACACAAAACAAUGAAAUCUAAUCUAUGGUGGCAACGGAGAGAGCCUUCGUUGGGUGAAAGCUCGAAACCUCUUUUCUUUUUCAAAGUGGUGAAUCCUGCUGCAGUGGCUUCAGCUGGCGGUUCCUUCAAUCCCGGUCGACUGAUUCACGGGUUAUGAUUGAACCGACAGACACCGAUGUUGAUGUUCUUUUGCAUGCUCGUUCCUCGCACAAAUUUCUUUUUUGGUAACGUUGAUCUUAGAUAAAAUCUGUUAGUCGGUGGUAAUUGUUACAGCCGUUUCUGCAUUGGGAGCACACCGACAGAGCCUUUAACCUCAUGUUCUAUGAUCUAUAAGAAUCAAAUUGUAUCAUGUUGGCAACAAGUAGGGGUUGUUUUUGACUAAGGUGUCUUACAUUGGUAUAUUAUAGAUUUGUACAUGGGGUGAGCCCUCUCUCUCCUGCACCGUAUACCUAGACAAGCUUAUUGGGGCAGUCUGUAGCCUUAGUUUGUGUGGAUUGUAUUUAUUCGGCGAUGGUGUUUGGGAAUUCUGUUUCAUGUGCUGAAAGCCCGUCAUCGAGCUUCAUGAUGUACACCCUUCUGAUUGAAUUCUUAAAGUUAGUAUAAUCCAGUAAAUAACAUUGAGCCCUAGACAACAACCUUGUACUCUUCAUGCUCUAACUUUAAAUUUCAGAUGCACAACAUUUUACAAA